CCGAGACAAUCGGAUGAUUGCCGUCUGUCAGUACAACUCCAUGCCCGGCGAGGACGUGGUACUGAUGAGGCAUUACCUCCGAAAGCACAACAUUGAGGUCAAGUUCGUCCUGAAUGAGGUUGUCAGACCCGUGCUGUCGCAGUCCAAGUACAAGAAUCUCCUCCCUCUCUUUGUGGCUCGCAAUAUCCUGCUGGUGAGCCGGGAAGCGAAGGCGAAGGAGAUGCUGCGGGUGCUGAAGGGAGUGCCACAGAUCAACCUUCUGGGUGCCUGCAUCGACGACACCAUCCUGAGCAGGCAGGGAGUGGAGAACUUUGCCAAGCUGCCCUUGCUGGAGGCCGCCCAGGGGCAGACGGUGGGUGCCCUGGCCCUCCUGCCC